AUCGCCUGUGACGACGGAGCGCCUCGCUGGUCGCUAUAAGGUGGGGAGGGGUAUAAAAGAAUAAUAAUAAUAAUAAUAAUAACAAUAAGAGAUGGUGCGUUUGAACGCCCGUCAAUGUCAACGAGGCCCGUGGAUUUGAUUCGGAUGAGACAAGGGAGUUCGGGAUGGCGGAGAGGAUUUCACGCGUGGGGCUGCAGCCUGCACGCGGCCUAGUGAGUGCGUUGGAAGCGCGGUGCAAUGGGAGCUCGAUGCGGAUGCCGCUAUAAAGCCGCCCUUGCCGCCCAGGGAUGCAGAGAAAAGGGGGGGGGGGGGGGUCGUGAGUGGAGGGACAUAACCACCGUGGCACCUAUAUAGACACUAUUCCACUACUACUACUACUGCUACUACAGUCACCCAAGAGGAAGUAACGAUACUGUAUGUAACAUUCAUACUUGUUUCGUGGCUGUGCAUGUUUACGUGUGCUAAUAUCCAUCUUAAAUGGCUUUUACACUCAGCUACCAUAACAUUAAGUGCACCUGCAUCCACGCGUGUUUUUAAAGAAAGUGCUAUUGAGACAUGUUAUUUGAGGCACAUCUCAGGAUGAAGUAGUGCAAUUGUACUGUACACCGUUGCAAACGACAACCAACAAUAAGCAUAUUGUUGAGUUAGUAGCGCCAACGCCGUACGUUUAAACUGAGCGUUAUUAUAUUUGCGUAGUUACAAACACAGCCAUUAUGGUAAAUCAGAGUAUAGUGCUUGCAUCGAGUGUGCAACAUUAUUUCAUAUUUACUGUUUUAUGUAAAAGCGCCUAAUCGUAUGAUUUUAUAUUGUGCCCAUACAUUUACAUACCCUGGAAGAAAUAGUGAAAUAUUGGCAAUUUUCUGGAAGAUAUAACAGAUCAUGCAGAAAAUUCUCUGAACUGCUAAAGCCAUUUUUUAUCACGUGAUUUUUAAAUAAUAAUUAACUGAAAUUCUCCCAACUGGCACUUGAAUGUAUGGACUGAUAAUACCCACAUAUUGACAUACGCGGGUUUAAAUGGCUAAGAAAGGUAAGUUUCCACACUUUUGACUCUUUUUGAUUGGCGUCAGUGUAGUUAAUGAGUUUCUAAGCGCUUGAGAAACCAAAUGUACAUUUCAUCCAGGUCUGCACUGAACUGGAACUGUCAAAUGUAAACAAAAGAAGACAGUUGAACUUUAAAUAUCAGGAAAAUAAUACAAAAAAAAUACAUCUAAAGAUGUGAAAACGUCAAUGGGUAGUGUUCAAAGUCUGAUAAAGAAGCGGAAAAGAAGGGAUUCUGUUGAAAACAAGCCAUGGUCAGGCAGAGCAACAUAAAAUUUCAGCCAUAACUUCGAUGAAGAUUCUUCGGGAUGUAAAUAGAAAGAUAAAAGUAAUUUCAGCUGAAAUAUAUGCUUCUCUGAAAAAAAAAAAAGUUUUGCUCAUAUUUUCUUCAAACAAUGGUGUGUAAAUUUAUGAGCACAAUGCUGGAUUAAGAUUAUUAUUACAGUUUAAACAUGAAACAUAUUGCCCCCAUGUGGAGUAAAGAGAAUAUUCUGCCUUGAUUUGCUAAUUUGAAGAUGAAUUGAAUUUUCAUUUUGAUGCUAAAUGAUACAUGAUACCCGCAAAGACAAGCUCAUGCUCCUUUUAGGUUAGCAUGUUAGCAUGCUGCUAUAAGGGGUGGCUAAAUUUGUUCCUCCUGUUUCCAAAUGUUUGCAGAAUUGUCUGCGUCAAACAUGUUUUUGUCACAUUAUAACGCGAGGCCUUAAUAAUUCAAAUUCAUCCAUUCAGGAUACAGUUUCAUGUCAUUCAGUCAACGGCCAACAAAUCGCGUCCGCUCUCCGUUUAGUCGUCUGCAUCUAAUUCUAUGAAUGCAAUAACAAUAUUGUAUAACACCUCUCAUUUCUCUGUGUUCCUCUAGUGUGUGUGCUCCCACUACCUGCAUUAGGUUGUGAUGACCCACACUGCAUCCAAAUGUUUCUGUGACCCUCCCCAAACCUGACUCCUAACCUCUAACCCCUGACCUUUGACCCCCACACUAUGGGCAGUGUUGGCAGUGGGGUGGCAGGCGAGCAGGAAUUUGCCAUGAAGUCCGUUGGCACGAGGACCACGCUGCCCCGCGCCCCUCCUCUCUCACGGCGUUGCCCUGGUGACCGCAGCUGCAGCGCAGAGCGUCUGCCCCGACCCGCCGCCACUAUAUCCGACGGGACGGCCUCUAGCGACGAGCGAGGGAGCGUUAGUAUCAGCACCGGGACCUGUACCGACCGGCCGACCGAAACGGCCUCCACCACCAACACGGAAUGUACCAUGGCGGCGGCCAACAACAAUAGCCAGCUGGAGUGCGGCAACGCGGCUAUCAGGAGGGAGUGGGAAAGGGAGAGGCAACGUGAACGGGGGAGAGACAGGGACCGGGACCGAGACUGGGACCGGGAGAGGUUGGAUAGGGAGCGAGAGCGUGAGAGGAACAGGGAGAGAGAGCGGGAACGGGUGGAGAGGGAGAGGCUGGAACGAGAGCGGGAGAGAGAACGGGAGAGAGCCCGGGAGAGGGAGAGGGAGAGGAUCGAGAGGGAGAAGAUCGAAAGGGAGCGGGAGCGAGAACGGGAAAGAGAGAGGGAUAGGGAACGGGAGAGGCUGGAGGGGGAACGACUGGAGAGAGAGAUGCAGGCCGCCGGUCUGGACGUGUGCGGGAACGUCGUGGGCCGAGGCGCCAACGAGAAGAACGGUGUUGGGGUGAACCAGCAUCAACACAGAGAGAUGGUAGCCGCCAGAACCGACGCUGAGAACAACCAAGCGGGACACAACCCACCCAAAAUCAUGGCGGUGUCAGGAAAACUGGAGCAGGCAAUGCAGAGAGACUCCGGCCUCGUUCGUCCGUCCGCCUUCAAACCGGUGGUUCCGAAGAGUUUCCACUCCAUGCAGAACCUGGUGGGCCAGGCGGGCGGGGCUGGGAGCGAGGGCAAGAGCGAGGCGAGGGGCGAAGGCUUCGGUGAGGGAAGAGGCGGCAGGAGGGGCAGGGAUGGUGGAGGGGGAGAGUCGGGAGAGGUGCCGGAGGCCCUCCUCCUGGACCAGGAAAGCCCGGUGAGGGUCAGCAGAGGUGAGGGUGUGGGAAAUCCCAAUGAGGUUGUUCAGGGGGGUAUGUCCGACUCUGGCAGGAACUCUCUGACCAGCCUGCCCACCUACACGGGUUCGGGCUCUGGCUGUGGACCCCCGGCUGUAUUGGGGCCGCUGAGUGCCUCCACAAGCCACAUCAACAGGUUGGGCAUGGCUGGGGCGGCAGCGGGCUUGGACAAGUUAGAAAAGCCUGGCUACCAGAACGGGCUUUGUGCGUCGGACAGCGGUCGAUCUUCGUCGGGGAAGAGCUCCUCGUCCUAUCAGAGGCUGAGUCACAUGAGUGAUGCACCGGGACCAUUACGCCCCUCCCCUUCCUCGGAUGACAUCAUCCAGGACCUGGAGGACCGCUUGUGGGAGAAAGAGCAAGAGGUGCAGCACAUGCGCCGCAACUUGGACCAAAGUGAAGCCGCCAUCAUUCAGGUGUUUGAGGAGAAGCAGCGCGUGUGGGAGCGACAGAUGGACGAGUUGAGACAGAACUAUGCCACGCGCCUGCAGCAGGUUACGCGGCGUGCACAGCGUUCGCAGACCGCCCUGCAGGCCCAGAUAACCCGUUUGUCCCAAGACAAGAGGAGGCUCCAGGAGGAGAUGGCUGCCCUGCUUGCCCAGCGGGAGGAGCUGGAGCGAAAGUGUCUGGAUUACAGGAAGGAGCAGGCUGACAUAUUACCACGUCUGGAGGAGACCAAGUGGGAGGUGUGUCAGAAGGCCGGCGAGAUCUCCCUGCUGAAGCAGCAGCUGAGGGAAAGCCAGGCAGAGGUAACGCAGCGGGCGGGGGAGAUGGUGGCUCUGAGGGGCCAGCUCAAAGAACUCAAUGCCCAGCUGAGGGAGCAGGAGGAGGCCAUGCUCGGACUGAAGGAGUCCUACAGCACCAAAGGUCUGGAGCUGGAGAAGUGCGAGGCGGACCUGAGGAGGACUCUGUCGGAGGUGUCCAUCCUUCGAGAGAAGCUGGGUGUUUUCGAGGUAGAGGUGCUGAGUCUAAAACGAGCUCUGAAUGAAGUCAGCAGAGGUGCCGAGGUUGUCAUGAGCCCAAACUUAGCUGCUGCAGGCCUGUUGCCACCCUGGGGAAUGGUCCACUGCCCGCGAACGCCCGGCGAUCCGUCAACCAACUCCCUCCUCCCUACGGCCGACACGCUGCUGAGUCUUCAGAGUGACGAAGCCAAAGCCCAGAGGCAGGAGGCUCAGCGGCAACGCGAGGAAGCGCAGUGGCAACAGCAGCAGCGUCAGGAUGCCCACAUGCAGCAGGACAUGCAGAUGCGGCAGGACGCUCACCUCCGCCACGAAGCCCAACUCCGCCACGAGGCCCAGCUGCGCCAUGAGGCCCAGCUCUGUCAGGAGGCCCAGCAGCGGCAGCAGGACGCUCACUGGGACGAGGCUGGCGAGCUGCGCAGACAGCUGGAGCAGCUGCAGGCCGCCCUGCGCCUCGAGCGGCAGCAACGCGAGCGCCAGGCCCUCAACUUCGACCAGGAGCGACACACCUGGCAGGACGAGAAGGAGCGGGUGUUGAAAUACCAGGCCCAGUUGCAGCUGAGCUACGUGGAGACCCUGCAGAAGAACCAGGCUUUGGAGAAACGGAUGAGCCAGCUGGGAAACAAACCCAGCACCAUGUGCACCGUCCCCACCACCACUGUCACCAACAGCUCCCCUUCCUCUUCCUCCAGUUCUCCACCUCCACAAUCUCUCUCAGCUCUCUCUCCUCAGCCACCACCAUCUAUCCCCGGUCCCAUCACCCUCACCCUGUCCCCGCCUUGCGAAGACCAAAAGGGCCCGCCAUCCCUCCACCAGCUUGCCCCUCCUUGGGCAGGACCCUCCCGCCUGGAGAGGAUAGAGUCCACUGAAAUUUAAGAAGACAACAUGCAUGAAAACGCUCCCAAAAUUGCCCAACAAACACACUCACAAAAUACCACAUCACAUCGUACUGUAAGAGAAUUUCAGCUGACCAUAGUCAUAAAAACACCAAACACAAGCAGGUUGAUUAAAACAGAAAAUGUCCACACAAAGUUGCACACCACCUCCUGCAUUAUCAGAAGGGGGGAAAAAAACGUGUGCCACACUGCAGGACAACAAACUGACUAUGUUUAGGUGACAGCACUAACACAGUGGUCGUUUAUUUCAUUCCCGUGCCAGGAAAAAAAGGACCAAGACAAUCAGGGAUAUUGUCAGAAAUUACAAAGAGUAUUAUCAUUAUUAUUAUUAUGCGAUAUUUAUUAUUCAUUGUAAGUCUGUCUCAGUCGUAUAACGUACAAGUAGAACUAGUGGUCAGAGUGUGUGACGUUAACCUGCAUUUUUGGCCAGAGAGCGCCUUACUCCAUCUUUUCCAGCAUGUGUAAGAAAAUAACUAUUGCUGGGAUCCAGAAAAAAAAAAAUCAAGUGUGAAUAUAAUUUUCAGUGCUUUGAUUAUAUAUAUUUAUCUAUAUAGGUCACCCACUUAUUCCACAUUAGGUGACAUCACGCUGUACUUUUCCCAUUGAAGUCGGUUUUCAUGACAUUUCAUGCACAACGUCCAACAUGCAUGAGUCAAACAUAUCCUCAAAUCCAACAGAGCUUAUAUUUUGUAAAAUAAUAAUAAUAAAUUAAUUAUAUGUUUAGCUGAUAAUCAACCCAAUCCAAAUAUGAGAAGUUUUAAGUUUACCUUCACCUGCGGUGACUAAAAAUGAACCCUAGAGGUCGGUAUUGAUCUAUCACGGUGCUCCAAGAUGACUUUCUUUCCUCCUUAAACUGUAUAACAGUGGAAACAAAUGAAUGGAAGCACACCAUCUCAAUUUGCUUAAUGUCAGGAAAUAAAUCCCAAAGUUAAAAACAAAUAAAAUAAUAGAGAAUGUAUGUUAUAGAAGAAAUAAAUACUUAUAGUUAUAGAUUGUACAUGUGUGUGAAUGAAGAAGUGUGUGUGUGUGUGUGUGUGUGUGCGCGUGCCAGUUUAUAAAGACUGAUGAUAGAGGGACUAGUGGCAAUAUUGCAAGUAAAAAUAUAUAAGAAAAAAUUAUUUGAUUUUUGUUAAGUAGAGUAAAAUGGAGACAAAGAGAAGUGGGUGUUAGAUUUUGUGCAUCUGUUUAUCUGCAUAGUUUAUUCAGACUGAAUAGUGGGAGCGUUCAGCCUAACUGCACUACAUCAUGUCCAGUUGACAUGUACAUUAGACUUCAGUAUGAAUACCAUGGCUUUUAUAUGUGUUGUUCAUGCCGGCAUACAAGGAUGUUGCUCAAGAAUAUUAAUGUAUCGCUAGGGAAUCACAUAGUAUUAUCAUCUUUAUUACUGUUAUUAUAAAUAUGGUAAAAUGACAAAGAAAAUGUGCCAUUGAGGUUUUUUUUCCUUUGUUUUUUUUUUUUUUUUUACUGUGUAGAUAGCAUAUUGGCCUAUCAUAACGGUGUAACCAUGACCACAUUGUUCCCUCAACCCCCCAAAAAAGAGAAAAGAUGCUCCUUUUGAUGUAGAUGAUAAACGUAGUUACAGUAUUGCAUUGUUUAGAGAGCAAAAUGCUAUCAAUUUUAUACAUGUUUCAGGUUUAUUGUUUACAGAUAUGUUAUUAGUAUUGUUCUGGCUUGAUUAAAACCACAUCUUUGUUCAAAUCAGCUGACUGAAUAAACGUGACUAAUUCA